AGAGUGGCGACCUCAUCUAGGUCGUCCAUUAGAGCAGAGAGUCAUGGCGUCCAGGAGCUACAACAGCGGGAAUCACUCCUCUGGCACCCAGGCAUGGCGAUUGCAGAGCAGCCAGAUUGGUAGACAACGAGCCAGAUUCUUUGGAGAGGGCUCAGCACACCAGCGGCCGUUUUAUAGAUCACGGAUAGGAGAUUCCAGAAAGCUUUCUUUUAGGAGUAAACGGGAUUUCUUAGAAUCAGAGCAUAAUAAUCAAGCUGGUCAAACUGAUUUGGGGCAGCGGCGCAAGUUCGCCCAGAAAAAUAUAGCUUGGAACGAAUCCAGGUUUGAUGUAUUGAUCGAAAGCAAAACUUUUAAUUUUGAUAUAGUUGAUGAAACUACUAUCCGUAUCUCUGAAACAAAGCUAGGAAUUUCAUCUUUUCUGGAAUUGGGCACUGUCAGGGCAUUGUGGUUGAAGGAAGCCAUUCCUAAGCUCUUUUGUGUGAUCAAGUCUUGUAAUAGAUUAAAGCUUGGUAAUGCUUUUCUUAUUGAGAGAUUUGUCUAAAUAGGACUAAAACAAGGUAGAAUUGUAAAAAUAAGACUCCUAUGUUUUAUUUAGCAAAAAUAGGACUAAAAAGAGGUAAUCUGACAAAACUGCCCUUAAUUAAAAAAAAAGCCCCUCCAAUUCACCGCAUCACUCCAGCCGACAGACCAACAUCGAUCAGAUUCAGAUGCCCACGCCAUCUGCGAUGAACAACGAUUUGCGAUGAAGGCCAGCAGCAAUUUGCGAUGAAGAUGCCAAGGCCGCUUGCCUGCUCUUCUCCAAGACAUCCAGUAAAUUGUAGAGGUUGAGAAGAAGAAGGAGGAGAAAAGAAGAAGAGAAAGAAGAAGAGAAGAAGAGGAAGGAGGAGGAGGAAAAAGAAAAGAGGGUUACCUGGCCGGCAGAUUAUGGCAGAUUGGGGAAGAAGAUCGCAGAGCGACGAUGCGAGGAUCGAUGAAUUGCAGCGGAACCGGGGUUUUAAUUGUAGAAGGGUAAGAUUGUAAUCUGGAGUCCCAUUUAAGCAAUUUAAAACUUGAAGUCCUAUUUUGGAGUUUUAACCAUGUUUUAGUUCCAUUUAGGAUAAUUUCUUUUUCUUAUUCUGUAUGAUAUGAAUUUCUAUGGAGGUUUUAUCCGAAUCAUUGAUAAGGGACGAGAUUCGUUAUUUAUACCAGAAGGGCGCAACGGAAUAGGAAUCAAUCUUUUUCUGAAAGGGAUUGCUAGAGCAAUAUCUUUGAUGAAAAAAAUUGCCCAACCACCAACACCAGCUAUAACAUAUGCUCCCAAGGAGGUGUGCUCAGAUAACUUUGAUUUUGAUCUUCAUGUUUUGGAUAGGGGCUAUUCUGGGCAGACCGAUUUUUCCAGUUCAGGUGCUUUGUUUCAAGUCGAUAUUGAACAAGAGUUGAUUUUUGAUGAACAACACUAUGAGAAAAUUCCUGAAACAGAUGCAUUCUCAAAUCUUAAGGACUUCUUUGAACUUACUUUGUCAAAUGGGGUGGACUCACUAUCUUGUUUUCUCACCAAUGAAUUUGAGAGGCUACUAGAUAAGCGUGAUAAUCUGAUUUUGGGGCCCACUUAUGAAGGAAAAGCUAUUGUAACCGAUACUGUUCUGGAGAAAACUGACCACCAACAACCCAAAGUACCAGAGUUUGGAUGUCUUGGUGCUCUUUCUGAUGCUUUUGUUUGGGAUGGCUAUUGCGGUGACUCGUGCUGUUCAUGUUCGGGGGAUGAAUAUCUUGGGCAUGUUUCAGAAAAUGAGAAAAGGGUUCCAAUCUCAACAUUGGAUGAUUUAUGGGAUUCUGAUGCCAAUGAAGAUAUAUGUGUCAAAGCUUUAAGGGUUACACAAGAUAAUUACUUACCAACACAAACUUUGAACACCCAGAAAAGAAUGUUCAGAAAAAAGAAUCAGCGAUCGCAUCUUAUGAAAACAAGAUCGCAAUCACGAAUAGGGCUUUGAAGAAUUGAUUGAGGGUCGGGAUCAUCUAGAUAGGGUCAUAGGGAUU